UUUCAUGAAGUUACUUUUUUUCAUUUUUCUAGGACUGCACUACCGGGCUAAGGGCCUAGGUGAGGAAAGUCUGUCCCUGGUUUGAAAUCAGCGGGAUGACCACAGAGAAUGUGACACUAGCCCAAGACUUUCUUCUCUUGGGCUUCCCUGGGCCUCAGGUCCUCCAGCUUUCUCUUUUCAUGUUGUUUCUGGUGAUGUACCUCCUUACUGUUGGUGGUAAUAUGGCAAUCUUGCUAUUGGUCAGUACUUCUCACCAGUUACAUACUCCUAUGUAUUUCUUUCUGAGCAACCUGUCAUUCUUGGAAAUCUGGUAUACCACAGCUGCAGUCCCCAAAGCUCUGGCCAUCCUGGUGGGGAGAAGCCAGACCAUAACAUUUUCAGGGUGUCUUUUGCAGAUGUACCUCGUUUUCUCACUGGGUUGCACAGAAUACUUCCUCUUGGCAGCUAUGGCUUAUGACCGCUACCUUGCCAUCUGCUCUCCUCUACACUACCAGGCUAUAAUGAACAGUCUACUCUCAGCACAGCUAGCUCUUAGCUCCUGGAUUUGUGGAUUCCUGGUCAUAUCUGUGCCAGCAGCCCUCAUCAGCACCUUGUCCUUCUGUGGACCCCAUGCUAUCAAUCAUUUCUUCUGUGACAUUGCACCCUGGAUUGCCCUGGCCUGCACCAGUACACAGGCAGUGGAAACAGUGGCUUUUGUGAUAGCCUUUGUGGUUAUCCUGAGUUCCUGCCUCAUUACUCUUAUUUCCUAUGUAUACAUCAUCAGCACCAUCCUGAGGAUACCUUCUGCCAGUGGCCGAAGCAAAGCAUUCUCUACCUGCUCCUCUCACCUUACUGUGGUGCUUAUCUGGUAUGGGUCUACAAUUUUCCUCCAUGUUCGAACCUCCAUCAAAGAUGAUUUGGAGCUGACCAAAGCUGUCCAUGUGCUCAAUACAGUGGUAACUCCAGUUCUCAAUCCCUUCAUCUAUACCCUUCGAAACAAGGAGGUUAGAGAAAGUCUAAUGAAGAAAUGGAGAAGAAUGUGAACCACCUGCAGUGCCGUGAACAU